CCUCCCGCCCCAGAACAUUGGUUUCGCCCCACCACCACCGCGUAAGUCCCGUGGUGUCGCCUUAAGGGCCCAUCGAUAACUCUACGCUCGGCCGCGGCCUCUAUCGAUUCGCUCUGGCUCCGCUCGCCGUCCUGGGCCGCGGCGGAGCGCAGAGCCGCGUGUAAGAUGCUCUGACCUUUGACCCCUGCCUUUCAGAAGUCGCGUCCUGUGCAGGCCCGAGCCUUCUUCCACACCAUGAACACGUCCCCCGGCACGGUGGGCAGUGACCCGGUGAUCUUGGCCACUGCAGGCUACGACCACACAGUGCGGUUCUGGCAGGCGCACAGUGGGAUCUGCACCCGCACGGUGCAGCAUCAGGACUCUCAGGUGAACGCACUGGAGAUCACGCCUGACCGCAGCAUGAUCGCUGCUGCAGGUUACCAGCACAUUCGCAUGUAUGAUCUCAGCUCCAACAACCCCAACCCCAUCAUCAGCUAUGACGGGGUCAACAAGAACAUUGCGUCCGUGGGCUUCCAUGAGGACGGCCGCUGGAUGUACACGGGUGGGGAGGACUGCACGGCCCGGAUCUGGGACCUCAGGUCCCGGAACCUGCAGUGUCAGCGCAUCUUCCAGGUGAACGCACCCAUUAAUUGUGUGUGCCUGCACCCCAACCAGGCGGAGCUCAUUGUGGGUGACCAGAGCGGCGCCAUCCACAUCUGGGACUUGAAAACUGACCACAACGAGCAGCUGAUACCUGAGCCUGAGGUCUCCAUCACGUCGGCCCACAUUGACCCCGAUGCCAGCUACAUGGCGGCCGUCAACAGCACCGGGAAUUGCUACGUCUGGAACCUGACGGGGGGCAUUGGUGACGAGGUGACACAGCUUAUCCCCAAGACCAAGAUCCCAGCGCACACCCGCUAUGCCUUGCAGUGCCGCUUCAGCCCUGACUCUACGCUUCUUGCCACCUGCUCGGCCGACCAGACGUGCAAGAUUUGGAGGACAUCCAACUUCUCCCUGAUGACAGAGCUCAGCAUCAAGAGCAGCAACCCGGGAGAGUCCUCCCGCGGCUGGAUGUGGGGCUGUGCCUUCUCGGGAGACUCUCAGUACAUCGUCACCGCUUCCUCUGAUAACCUGGCCCGGCUGUGGUGUGUGGAGACGGGAGAGAUCAAGAGAGAGUAUGGCGGCCACCAGAAAGCUGUCGUCUGCUUGGCCUUCAACGACAGCGUGCUGGGCUAG